AAUAGAUCUUAUCACAGCAAUUGCCGCCUAGAAAAAGUUGUGUGUAGUUGUGUAAAGUGCUGAGAGAUAUAAACAAUUGUUUUAAAAAUUUUGUUCUGUGUGACUAUAAACAAAUAAAAUGAUUAAUAGAUCGAGAUUAUUAGCCCGCAAUUUAAAUGUGUUAAGGAAUUCAGCGGCUAUUGGAGAAAAUGGAUUUUUUGCAUCAUUGGCAAAUCCACAAUCUGUUUAUAGUUUUCAAGCUAGACACAAAAGCAACACUCCAUUAAAUACUGUUGUUAUAUUUGUUCCUCAACAAGAGGCAUGGAUUGUUGAGCGAAUGGGUAAAUUUUUCAAAAUUUUGGAACCUGGUUUUAAUUUAUUGAUGCCAAUUGUUGAUAGAGUAAAAUACGUUCAAAGUUUGAAAGAAUUGGCUAUUGAUAUUCCUAAACAAAGUGCUGUGACGUCAGAUAAUGUUGAACUGGACAUCGAUGGAAUUUUAUAUUUAAGAGUGAAUGAUCCAUUUUUGGCUUCAUACGGGGUCGAAGAUCCUGAAUUUGCGAUAAUACAAAUAGCACAAACAACUAUGAGAUCAGAAUUAGGAAAAAUAUCUUUGGAUAGAGUUUUUCAAGAAAGAGAAGGACUUAAUGUGAAUAUAGUUGAAAAUAUUAAUAAAGCCAGUCAAGCAUGGGGAAUUACUUGUUUAAGAUAUGAAAUUCGUGACAUUAGAUUACCUACCAGAAUUCGGGAUGCAAUGCAAAUGCAAGUUGAAGCCGAGAGAAAGAAAAGAGCAGCAAUUUUAGAAUCUGAAGGAGUCAGACAAGCUGAAAUCAACAUUGCUGAGGGUCAAAGAAAAUCAAGAAUUCUUGUUUCUGAGGCACACAAACAGGAGCAAAUUAAUAAAGCAGACGGUGAAGCUGCAGCUAUUCUCGCAUUGGCUCAAUCACGAGCAAAAGGAUUAGAAAUUAUCGCAAAUUCUUUAGGAUAUAAAGAUGGCAAAGAUGCAGCUGCAUUGACAAUUGCAGAACAAUAUGUUCAUGCCUUCGAUAAGCUUGCAAGAACAAAUAAUACAUUAAUUUUACCAAGCAAUGUUGGUGAUGUAUCAAAUUUCGUAGGACAGGCAUUGACAAUAUAUAAACAUGUGAUAAAUCAAAAACCUCAGAAUCCCCAAAAUCCAACACAAAUAACAAAUGGACCCGAAAGUAAAGUUCCAGUUGGAAUUGAAUCAUCGGACGAUAAUUAUGAAUAUUUUAGCGACAAGGAAGAAGCCGAUAAACAUAAAAAAAAGAAUGAACGGACUCCUGAGAAAUUGUAGUCUGUAUUUUAAAUAAAUCUCUUUAUUAAUCAGU